UAUUUCGCAGUCGGCAUUGGAACACCCCCUCAGAGUGUAGAGGUACUGCUUGAUACUGGAUCGUCGGAGUUAUGGGUGAACCCUACUUGUUCCAACGCCUGGGACCCGUCUGGUUGCAACUUAAAUGGCUUCUAUAAUCCUGCCAGCUCUUCGACUUCUCAAUCCCUCAACACCGCCUUCUCGAUUCAGUACGGCAUUGGUUCGGCCUCGGGUGUCUAUUAUACAGACAACAUCGCUAUGGGAGGCGCGAAAAUAGUUGCACAGCAGUUUGGGGAUGCCUCCACUAGUAUGAGUCAGAUGGAAGGAAUUAUGGGAAUCGGUUGGGGCAAGAAUGUGGAUACGAACUACUCCAAUAUCAUUGAUCAACUUGCUGCUCAAGGCGUUACACGUAGCCGGGCUUUCAGUCUCAAUCUUGCCAGUAUCGAUGUAGCUCAAGGUACAAUUAUCUUUGGCGGUGUCGAUACGAUGAAGUAUAAGGGAGCUCUGGAGAAGCGUCCAAUUAUCCCUUAUUAUCAAGCUCCAGAUUUCUAUCCCCGAUACUGGAUAUACAUGACAUCCCUCGGUGUCACUGUCCCCGGCUCCAGCGUCUCAAACCCGGUCACGACCCCAACCAUCAACCAGCCCAUCUUUCCCGAUUCUGGAUCCACAUGGUGCUACCUCCCAUCUGCCCUCUUCGCCGGUCUCCUCUCCUUCUUUCCUUCCGCUGUAAACCAAGGUGGAAGUCAAUACACAGUGCCCUGCUCUCUCAGGAACCAGGUAGGGACGAUCGACUUCGGGUUUGGAGGGACGACAAUCCACGUCUCGUACUACGAAUUCUUUUGGUUUGACGGCGCACAAUGUUGGUUGGCUGCGGUGCCUAGCACCCAGUUUUCCCUCUUGGGUGAUUCGUUCAUGCGGUCUGCUUAUAUCGUAUAUGAUCAAGAUAACUCCAACGUUCUUCUCGCACAAGCUGCGAACUGCGGCACAAAUAUUGUCCCUAUCACCACCGGUCCGAAUGCGGUUCCGUCAAUAGUCGGGGGAUGCACGCCUCCUGCACAAUCGACGUCUAGCUCGAGCGCUGCUCGGACGUCUACCUCUUCUAAACUAUCAUCAACUUCUACGUUGAAAUCAACAACUACGUCUACUUCCAGCAAACUCUCAUCCACCUCCACUAAACUAUCAUCAACUUCUACGUUGAAAUCGACAACUACGUCUACUUCCAGCAAACUCUCAUCUUCCUCCUCCUCAUCUUCCACAAAGAGGACAACAUCGACAACAAGCUCGAAGAGCAGUUCAACUUCGCCAAAUUCGAGUUCCAGCGUGAAAAGUACCACAAGUUCAACCUCUGUUAUUUCAACUUGCAAGGCAACAGCGAUAGUUACGGUUACUGCUACGAGGGUGAGCACAGCUAUAGUACAUGGAACUUGUACUGCUAUUGGGCAAACCUUUUAG